AUUACCUCCGCCGACUUAGUCCAACCGCAACUGGGCACCGAGCAUCUCGUCGUUUCCCGUGAAAAACGAAACAUCGGAGACCCUGAAAUAUUUUUAAAAAAUAAUAAUUGAACAUCACUGAAAACAAUUCGUUACAACUAUGGAAUUACCCUAUUCUUACGACGGCAAGAUACACACACCGAUUCCUUCAGGGAAAUUUGUAGUUGGCUGUACCGAUCUAAUUGGAUCCAGCAAAGAAGACGGUUGUUUACUUCGCCUGUUUUAUCCUACCAACCUCCAAGAUGUCUAUGAAAACUCUUCUCGAUGGGCGAAUUGGAUACCCCAUCAAAAGUACAUAGAGGGUUACGCAAUCGUUCGCCGAUUAAUCCCAUGGCUUGGCAACAUACUCAUAUCAUGGGCAUUUGGAGAUCCUUACAUCCCCGCCGUUGUAGAUGCGGAGCCAUGCACUAGACAGAGAUUCCCAGUCAUCGUCUUUUCACACGGUCUGACCGCAUGUCGAACGACCUAUUCCACCUUCUGUUCAGAUUUGUCUUCCCAUGGAUUCAUAGUGGCAGCCAUUGAACACAGAGAUGGAUCGGCUUGCAUGAGUUUCAGCAUUGAAAAAGGACAAAACAAAGGUCCUCUCACAAAAUGGAUUCCCUACCAGCCAAUGCAAUUUGAAAAGGAUGACAUGCCAUUACGCCAACAACAGUUGCAAAUUCGCAUGCGAGAAUGCAGUCAGACUCUCGAUUUGCUUUUCAAACUCAACGGAGGAGCUGAACUUGAAUACAUAUCGCAGUCUUCAAUGAAUCUCGCAUCAUUCAAGGGCGCGAUGGAUUUGAGUUCGCCAGUCAUCGCGGGCCAUUCUUUCGGCUCGACUACGCUCCUCAGAACAUUGGCCACCGACCAACGCUACAAAAUUGGAUUGGCCAUGGAUGCGUGGAUGUGGCCGCUAAAAGACGAGCUCGAACUCACUCGAAACAUUCAACAACCCGUUUUGUUUAUCAACUCGGAAACAUUUCAAACUGCAGCCAAUUUGGAUAGCAUGAAACGAUUCGUUGCGAACGCGGAUUACGCAGAGCGUAGUGUCCUCACUCUGAGAGGAAGCAUCCACGAUAAUCAGAAUGACGUGCCCUAUUUAUUACCUUGGUACAUCCGCCGUUUUACAUAUCAUUCCGUCAUCAAUCCCUUGCUGGCCAUCCAGUUAAAUAAUUGCAUCUCAUUACGAUACCUGCGUCAAUAUUUGGGACAUCCGCUGGAUGACGAACAUUCAAAGCUGUCGGAACAUUACGCCCAAUGGAUUUACCAAGGAAUUCCCUAGUGCAAUUAUCCACUGAUAAGAGGAUCACACAUCCGAAAAUUUAUUUUUAGAAAAACAAAACAAAAACUUGUUUAAAUAUCCGCACACACAUUUUUUGUUUUUAAUUUUCAAGUUACUGUUAAUAAACGAAAAAUAACAGCUGA